AUGGGCAACAUUAGCAAGGAAGCAGUCGAACAAUAUUUGGAGAACAACCCACAGUUUGCCAAAUAAUAUUUUGACAGGAAGCUCCUCAGGCCAGAGUCAAUCAGUGCAAUCUUCAACAGCACCAAGGUAGAGCUGAAGGAUGGGGCUUUCUUCAAGGACCUGUGCAAGUUGGAGGAGUCGGACAUUGUGUUUGAGCUGGUCAAAGAGAUGCAGGACCUCUCCGACGUUGACAAGCAGAUGCAUACGAUUCUGCGAAGGAUUGUGACCCUGGUCAACGCAGCCAGAGGCAGCAUGUUCAUGUUCAUAUUCAGGUCGAGGAAUGGCUGCGCUGAACUGGCUACAAGACAUUUUAAUGUGACUAAGAACUACAGUUUGGAAAGUAAUCUUGUGGCACAGGCCGAGAUAGUUUCCCCAAUGGAUAUGGGGAUAGUGGGAUGGAUGGCACACACAUAGAGGGUGCAGAACAUUGCUGAUGUUAAAAAGAUCCUGUUAUGGUCUGACAACAAGGUAUUUGAAGAACUCGCAGACAUUUAACACCAAUUCCACAAAGCUUUGUACACAGUUCGGAUUUAUUUAAAUGUUGAAAGAUAUUCAGUUGCUCUUCUGGAUAUGACCAAACAAAAGGAAUGUUUUGAUGAAAGGCCAAUCCUACUGGGUGAUGUCCCUCCAUAUAAAGGCCCAACGACCCCAGAUGGCAGAGAAGUUAUUUUUUAUAAGAUCAUUGAUUAUUUGCUGGUAGGAAAAGAAGAAAUCAAAGUAAUCCCAUAAGUAUUAUCAGUAUAUACAUAGUCCCCUCCUGCAGAUCAUUGGUCCCUUGUGAGUGACCUGCCAACUUACGUUGAUGAAAAUGGUUUUAUCUGCAACAUAAUGAAUGCCCCAGCAGAUGAACAUUUUACUUUUCAAGUAACAGCAGUGGAUGAAACAGGCUGGGUAAUAAAAAAUGUCCUGUCUUUGCCAAUCGUAAAUAAGAGAGAAGAGAUAGUGGGAUUUUACAACCGGAAGGAUGGCGAACCAUUUGAUGAAUAUGAUGAAUGUUUGCUCCAGACCUUGACACAGUUCUUGGGAUGGUCACUUCUGAACACAGAUACUUACGAUAACACGAAUGAGCUAGAAAGCAGGAAAGACGUAGCUUCAGAAAGGUUAAUGUGCCAUUCAAAAUCCAACAAAGAACUCCAGAUGAUUUUGAUAGGUUUACGAGGAAAAUCCUAUUAA